AUGGAAGCAGAGUACCCCCACCAGCAGGCGGGCCCCCCCUCCUCCUCCUCCACCACCCUCCUCUGGCCGUGCGCGACUAGACGCAGGAAGAGGGACGAGGACGAGGGCGAGGGCGACGACGACCUCUCGCCGGCGGCGGACAUGGAUCUCGACGCCGACGCGCAGCGCGCCGCGGACAAGCUGAAAGCGGUGUCAGAGGAACUUGGACAUGAGAUCCGGGUUUUUUCAAGUGAGAACUUUGCUCUAGAACCCAGCAAGCUGCCUAAUGCAGAUCAUGAGGAAGAUGACGACUUUUAUGAGCUUCAGCCUGCUGAUUACUACAAGUUGAUUUCAAACAGGAUGGGAGAGCACUCUAAAAUGCUAAAGACUCGCAAGAUGCGGGAGGCAGAACUUGCUGCUCAACGAGCAAAGAGAACAAAGGCAGUAAUGAGGGUGCGAUUCCCUGAUGGCUACAUUAUUGAGGCUGACUUUCUUCCAUCAGAGACGAUUCAUAGUCUAGUGGACCUGCUUACGAAAGUACUUGCUAGACCAGAUCUGCCGUUCUAUCUUUAUACAGUACCUCCAAAGAAGCGAAUACUGGACACAUCACAGGACUUCUAUACAGCUGGUUUUGUCCCUGGAGCUAAUGUUCAUUUUUCUUAUGAUCUGCCUGAAGGUUCGUUGUUAAAUGCAGAUGAUCUAAAAGCAGGACCCUUUCUCCAUGAAGAAAUUCAAAGUUUGGAUGGAUUGUCACUUCUGCUGAAACCUGCUAGUCAACCUGAUGAUUCUAGAAUGAACUCUUCUACUCUUCAAUCUGGUACAUCUCAAUCUGAUCCUGUACCAACAACAAAUAAGAAGCCUGGCAGACCAAAGUGGCUGAAAAGAAAACUGAAAGUGCCUGAGUUAGAGGGAAUAUACCAAGUGUGGGGUUUCAGUUCUGGAUUACAUGUGCUUUUUUAUCGUGCCCAUGAUAUUGUGGGAGGUUGCUUUCUUGUAAUUGAUGGUGAUGGAGCCCUCACCAUGAACUAA